GAAACAUGCUCAUAUCUGAGUGCAGUGUAAUCUUAGAUAGAAAGAAUAUGGAUGCAUGGGGUCCUGGCAAGCCUCAUUUUCUUCUUUUGCAUAUUGUAACAGGUUAGUCUGUACUAGUGAAAGUGUCAACAGUAACUCUCAUCUGGGUUUAUCAACUGGGACCAAAAAAGCAAUGGGAAAAUCGAAUACUUCCUUCUGGGAGAAAAAAGAAGGUAGCAGACCCGAUUUACUCUGUGGAAGGUCAGCUGACUACAAUUUUGCAAAGGGGAAUUUCAUAAUUCUUGUGUGUUCCAUUAUUGUUUUGGGAGGAUUUCUGAGGGCAUUUUUAAAGAAUUCUGAAGUCACUGUCUUGACGAUUCUUUCUCUGUUUGGAUUUUUGAUAGGACGACUGGCCUACAAUUUUGUUGAGGUGCACCAAGUCGUCCACCCUCUCCUAAGAACACCAAGUUUUGCACUUUAUUGUUAUUUCUCACCUUUAAUUAUAUUUAUGGCUGCUUUGGAUGUGGACUUUCAUGUACUGAAGAAUGUGUUUUGGCAGGUCAUGUUAACUGGAUUCAUCAACUUUUCCAUAGCAUUCAUCAUAAUUGGAUAUGUGGUUCUGAAUUUCAAUAAGGACUCAUGGGAUUUGCAAUCUUGCGUAUUCUUUAGCAUGACCCUUGUCAUUACAGAUCCUGUUCAUUCUGUGAAUUCACUGAAAACUAUUGGCAUUUCUAAAACAUAUACUGAUAUAAUCAGAGGAGAAUCAAUGAUCAUCUGUAGCUUCACAUCCAUUUUUUUUGGAAUUUUUCGGAGCAACUUCCUUGGCGUCUCCAAUUAUAGCGAGUUACAUGUUAUCAUGGGCGUCUGCUUGGACAUUUUGGGAGGCACGCUAUGUGGAUAUUGGUGUGCAAGGAUCAUUCAGUUUAUAUUGAGUGACCUUUUUAGCAAUAUGCUGACUGAUAUCAUUCUCUGUAUUUCGAUGGUGUACAUGACUUUCUACAUUGUGGAAUUUUUAGGAAUGUCCGGUAUGGUUGCUUUAAUCUCUGUAGGACUGAAUUUAGAUUCCUUAAGCUUUAAACCGAGGAUCGAGCUAGUAAUUACUAAGAUUCUAAUGAUGUUUUCAUGUGUAUAUCAAGAUUUAAUAUACACUUUCUUUGGCAUUGUAAUUGGAUGUGGAGAAACUGGGUAUUUUACAUUCCACACUUUAGUUUUCAUGUUCAUCUUAUUUGCAACAGUGAAUUUUGUAAGGUUACUUACUGUUGUCCUACUGAACCCUAUUCUGAGGCAUUCCAGUUAUGAGUAUAACUGGAGAUGGGGCAUUGUUAUAGCGUGGUCUGGAAUUAAGGGAGUUUUUAGCUUACUCUUGGCUCCUGAUGUUCAUAAUCUGGCUGAAGAAAUAAUAGAGUCACCACAGCAGUUUAUAUUGUAUGUACAAGUGAUAUCAUUAAUGACUAUGGGAAUAAAUUCAUACAUGAUGACUCGUUCAGCCAGGACAUUAGGUUUGUGUGCUCUCUCCCUUCAAAGACAAAUGGCCAUGCAAAACGCCAUUAAGCACAUCCAGGAGAUGAUACAGAACAGAAUAGCUUUGUGUAAAACAGAAAAAAUUUUGACAAAUGUUAAUUGGACCUUAGUAGAAGAAAAAACAAAGAUUGAAUACAUCAUUCCUUCUGAUACUGUUCAGGUUCCCUGUGUUUCGUGUGACAAAGAAGCAAAGGAGGAGUCCCCAACAGAUGAAGAUUUAAUAGGAGAAGCCAGAUUGCAUGUAGCUAUAAUACAAAUGAGUAGCUUUGAAAAACAGUGUAAUGAUGGAGUCCUCAGUGUAGAGGCAGCCCGGACAUUAAUUGGUGCAACCAAAAGCUUUUGCCCUAUCCAAGGAAAAUUCAUGACUAUUUAUGAUGUUUUAGCUUAUGUAAGAGCUAGAAGUUGGCUUAUGAAGUUUAAAAGCUUGUUAAUUUUCUUCAAAUAUCAUAAAGAGAAGGCACCUCUUACUCUAUGUGGGAAUAAUAAAUUUCUUCUUUUUGUACAUCGCAUUGUAUUUUCAGAAGAAUUUGAAUAUGCGGGAUAUAUUACAGCAAUAAUAUACACUUAUCCUAUGAUAAUACAUCUGUGGCCAAUGGCGAGAGAGUUAAAUGUGUCAGCACUGAUAUUGGUCAACUAUUACUUUGUAUUUUUAUACCUAUUAGGAUCAGCACUGAAGAUAAUAAUUUUGAAAAGGAAAUAUUUUCAUCAACAUUGGAAUAUUUUGGAAUUUUUUACCGUGCUCAUUGGAAUUGUUGAUAUAUUCUGUUUAUAUUUUGUCAAAUUGAGACCAGACAACUUGGUUCUUAUUCAGUUUGCAGUAAUAAUAGGUUAUUUCAGAAUAAUUAGAUUUCUUCCUCUUAUCAAGAUAAUGAUACCACUGCUGAUAAGUGUCAUAGACGUGCAGAUCAAAAAGCAGCUCAGCCUGAUGUAUAGUAUUACAAAAGGCUAUGUCAAAAGUCAAGAGGAUACCAAAUUUUUAAUACGACAGAUUUCUAGCCGAGAAUCAGUAAAUCAGAAAUUAUAUGAAAUUUUGGAAACCAACAAACGAGAUGCUGUCAAGGAGCUAGGACUCAUAGAGCACGAGGGUCGUGAUGUUGUCAUUGCUUUGAAGACUAAGCAGGCGAUCCGGAACGUGAUUGCUAAAGCUCUGGAAAGCCUCACCUUCCUUUGGUCAAGAGGCAUUAUUGAUAAAUAUGAGGGCAUUGAGCUGAAUAAGGUACUUCUUGCAAAAAUAAAAGCACUGAAUAACUUUCCAAUGGCAAUCCCACCCCCUACUCCUGACAAAUAUCUUAAUAAUAUCAUUUGGCUAGAAAAUAACGAUGUUCUCAUUGAGUUCUUCAAGGAAAGAGCCAAACUUGCCUAUUUUGACUACGGAGAUGUCAUUUGCAAAGAAGGUGAAAUGCCGCAAGGAAUCUACUUAAUUAUUUCAGGAAUGGCAAUUUUGCAGAGUUCACCUCCUACCUUUGGAAUAGACAGGAGCCUAAGGGCUGGGAGAGAGUCCGUGAUCAGGUUCACAGAGUACUGUACUAGUGGGAACAUCAUUGGAGAGCUGAGCUGCCUGCUUAAGCGUGAAAUUGAAUACACUGCCAUCUGUGAAACUAUUUUACAGGCCUGCUUUAUCUCCUUGGAGGAUUUAUACGAAGGCUUUGAUGUCUUCUGGCCAUCCCUGGAAUAUAAAAUAUGGCUAAAGCUUGCUCUCAGUAUUGCCUGUCAGUAUUUUGAAUCAGCUCUUGCUGACGAGGACCUAAAGUUUCAAAAGUGUGUGGCGCUCAAUCAUGUGUAUGUGGAGACUUUAUCGAGCUAUAACGAAAUGACCAUUGAUAAUGUGACCAUGAAAUUUGUUAUUAUUGUGUACGGCAGUGUUAUUGAUACUAAGACGGAGGCACCAUACCUUGCACCUUGCAUUUUACCUAAAACCUGUGAACAGGUGCAGGGAACUUCAGAUUUAAGCAAGCUGCUGGUUAUCCUAGCAUCCAAGCCUGUCAAAAAUAGUAGCUCCAAGGUCAUGGGUAAGGGGUAGCCCUUUAGUGGUAGGAAAACCAUUGAGAAGGAAUUCUGGUACAUGUAAGAUUCAAUUCAUUCUAAGAAAAUGAUUUGAGGGCAUCGUGCAGGUUUAUCUUCCGUCCCCCUUCUUGGACCCACCCUGGCUGCCACAUUGCCUCUGGGAGGUCGCAGAUCAGAGACUUCCAGACACUGAGAUGCCGGUGGCUCUUCCUCUCUCAUGUCCUUCCCUCCACACCCUUGUUGGCGGGUAGCAGCUUCUACCUUGUACUCUGAUCCUAUUGGCUGGAGCCUUGUGGUGCUGUUGUGGGAGGAGCAGGAAUAGGGAGGGGACAGACUCACACAGCAGCCCCAGGUGUGGGAGCUGGUUUUCUGUCAGCAGCCAAAGGGAAUAUAGAACCUGACUGAUGCUCAUUAAUGUUCCAAACCAUGGUCACGGCCACAACUCAAAUGACUUGCUUUGAGGUGUACGUUAAUAGUCACUACGUAAUUAUUGUCACUAAAUGUGUAUUAGCACCCAACUGCUUGUGCUAUGGUGCUAAGCAUUAUAUAAAGAAGACCAGAUAGGAAGUCCUCGCCCUAGGGAAAAUACUUUCAAGGUCUUUCAUACAGUGCUCAGCAUCCCUGCCUUAUCAAGCCCAGUGUCACCAUUUUCCCAGCUGCCCCAGCUUGAAAAGAGAAUCAUCCUUGAUUUGCUCUGUCCCAGUGUUUACAAUUCCUGUGACCUGCUAGCUUACACAUCCUUAAUGAAUUGCUAAUUUGUGGGGAAGGGGUUUUACAUGAUUUCAAACUGUGCAUAAAGUGACCUUUUAGCAAUAGUUUAUACCUUAUUAUUUCUCAUUGGCAUAAUCCAUAUAAAUUGCAACCCCACAAUGUGCUGGGCACUAGUUGGUGAGUGAGCCAAACCUGGUCUCCACUCUCAUGGGGAGGAGAGACAGGCAUCCAGUGAGUAAUUCCACUUCUCCCCAAGAAGCAAGUUCAACCUCAGACAUUCUUACAGCUCACUUCCAUGUCCUGUUCUGGGAUCACAUGUGGCACCAUGAUUUGGGGAGCUCUCUCUGCUUCUGGGUCUCCCGUCCAAGCUGACUAACACUGAGAUGACCAUGACUCCAAACUUCACAGUGUCUUUAGGUCUGCCACUCUGUGGCUUCCACAGCCCUCUUGGGGCACAGGAGUUAUGGGAAGGCUGGGAGCUCAGGGUCUAGUGUCAGCCCCCUUGGGGAACCCUGAGGGCCACUGAGUCAGAGAUGGCUUUAGAGUCAGGGACAUAGAUGACUCUGCAUUCCCCAGUGAGUUUGGGACAAGAGUCACAAAUGGUAGGCCUGUGCACUUGAUCCAGCUGGUACACUGGAUUUGGCCCACAUACACAUUUUCUUUUAAAAUUAUCAAG